AUGAAUAGUAAAUCACAAGAAAUUAAGAAAAUAGUAGCAAAAAUAAACCUUGAUAAGAUUGCUGAAUAUUUAAAAGAGCAUUCUACUUCUAAAACCUUAAAGCAGAUUAUUAGUCAUAACAAAAAAGCAAUAAAUAGUAGUAAUGAUGAAGAAAUAUUUAAAUUAGCAGUUAAAAUAGCCUACAAUUUAGAUACUAUUGUCAAUACUAAGAAUAGAAGUUUAGCCGCUUUGGCUUUUACUCAUGAGAUAGUGUUGGGGAAAGUUGAUAUUCCUUUACUAGAUUUAGACCCUAACAAGAAAGAUAAAGAUGGUCGGAAAAUUUAUCACCAAGAUAUCGGUCAAAAAGUAGCCGAUUUAUUAGGAGUAGGUGAUUUGGUGGCUUUACCGGUAGGAGGUGAUAAAAAUCGGCAGUUGGAAAAAGUGGAGGAGUUUUUGAAUGGUGUUUUUUUGAGUUUGAAUGAAACUGUUAUUCAGAAACCAAGGAAUAGAAAAAUGCUAAUACUUGGUAAAGAUUUAGCCAAAAAACAAGUGGAGAAUAUAGGAAAUCAGAAAAGUAGUAUUGUAGAAGCCAGCAUAUCAGGAAAACAAAAGACCUUCAAUGAUUAUCAAAGGGAUUUGGAUGAUUUAGUGCUUGGGAAAGUUAGUAGUAUUUAUUUAGUUCAGGGCUAUAAGCAUAGGUUUUUCAGUAGAGUAUUACAAGAUUAUGGAGUUAUAGCAUUCAUCUCCCAAAAAGGAGGAGUGGGAAAAUCUACUUUUGCUCGGCUUCUUGCCACCGAAGUAACUAAAAAGAAAAUCAAAACUUUAUUAGCCGAUUGCGACCACCAACAAAAGACCAAUGCUCCCGCAAGGACUAGCCAAGGAACCUUAGAAGUAGCCAAGAAAGCCGAUUUAAUAAUUCAACCAGUCGGAGCCAGCCGUGAUGACCUAUUGCCUGCCCUCCGUGAAUUCAAUGCCUUAAAAGCACAAGGAAUUAAUAAAAAUAAAUUAUUAUUCAUUCUCAAUCACUUAUCUACUCCUACUGAAAUAUUAGCCACCCAAGAAUACUUAACUGAAAGCGGUUAUUCUUUUGCUCCUUAUUAUUUGUAUGAAAAGGCUUCUUAUCGUCAAGCUCAAAGUGAGGGAAAAAGUAUUAGUGAAGUUAAUUUUGCUUCUUUACGGCAACAGAGCCAGAAACUAGUUGAUUACUUACUUAAAAAGGAAAUUAGUGAAAAUAUAAAAGCCCCCGAAACUGCCCCUAGUGAUAAAAGAAUUACGGGCAGAACUAAACAGUUGAAUUUUAAAGUUCGAGAGGAAUUUUAUUGGAAGCUAAAAAAUAUAGCAGUGGAAGAGAAAUGUUUAAUGGUUGAAAUUUUAGAAAAGAGUUUAGAAAGUUAUGAAAGAGAAAAGAAAGUUAAGUCAGGGAAAGAGUUAGAAAAGGUUGUUAAAGUAAUUGAACCCAAACCCAAAAAACCUCAACUUACUCCUUACUAUCCCCUCAACUUCGCCUGUGAUAAUUGCGGUGAUGAAUACGAACAGGAUACCGCUUACUCUUAUGCUCCAAGCAUGAGAGAGAUAAAUGAUUUUCAUACUUACUGCUCUGAUUGUGCUACACCAAAAUCCAAGCAACAAAUAGAUAAAGAGUAUUAUCAAAAGAAUAAGGAAAAGAAAAAGCAACAACAGCAAGAAAGAUAUCAGCAAGAUAAAGAAAAGUUAAAGUCCCAAAGACGAGAUAAAUAUCAGCAAGAUAAAGAAACAGAGAAGGCAAAACGAAAGCAAAGAUAUCAACAACAAAAAGAACAAUCCCAACUCUCAACUAAACAAUAUUACAGAGCCGAAAGCAUUAAAAUCUUAAUGUCUUUAAAAGAAUACACGGAACUAAACCAACAAAAACAUAAACUAUAUGCUGACUUCUGCUGA